AUGGUCGCGAGUGGCAGGUUCUACUGGGGGAUUGUGUGUGUUCGCAGCACGCCGCACGACCAGUGCGAGCCGCCGGUCGGCGUGGUUUCGCCGGCGGAGGCGCGGCUAGACUGCCGGGCACCGCGGCCGCCUCGGCAGUGGGAGCGCCGCGGCGCAUGCUCCGUGGCGCCGGCCCUCCGCGGCCUGGCUCGGCCCGCGUCCCGCUAUAAGCGGCAGCGCCGGAGUCCGCGGGCCGCAGGCUACGCGGCCGUCGCUGCCGUCGCGCUAGCCUCCUACGCGAACGCGCUCGGCGGAGACUUCGUACACGACGACAUCCCGGCGGUGACGCGCAACAAGGACGUUCUGGGUCUGACGCCGCUGCCCGACGUCUUCCGGAACGACUUCUGGGGCACGCCCAUGGCGGAUGCCUCCAGCCACAAGUCCUAUCGGCCACUCACCACUCUCACUUUCAGGCACCUACCGAAAGCCGUGUCAUCAUCUGCCACUGCGGACAUUUGA